AUGUCUCGCACUUAUCACCAGCGGGCUAGUUGUGCCCCAUCCCAGCAGCAUGAUGUCUACAUCUACGCCAUAGCACCACUCAUAGGGAAUGGCUUGGCUGCCAUCACCUCAGCAGACGAGCUGAUCUUCCUCCCACGGGACACUCUGAAUGUUGCUGGUGUGUCCAGGUUGAAGCACACUCCUCACGAGCUGACCUCCCUGGUCGUGACUGAUGGAGGGUCGACUGCAAUUUGUGCAGGGGGCGACGGGGUGGUGGCGCUGUUCGAUGUCCGAACGCAGUCCAGAACUGCUGAGUUCAGAACAGGCAAACCUGUCAACGCGUUAGCUUGCGCAGGAAGCGAUGUAGCAUUUGGGGGUGAAGCUAUCGUGUCUGUUUGGGAUCGUAGACAGAACCGAUUCCGAUGGCAGAACACCGAGAUCAAUGACGAGAUUACCGCUUUAGCUUAUCAUCCUUCCCAGCCAAACCUGCUUCUGAGUGGGGGCGAUGAUGGGUUAGUGAGCAUUUUCGACACCAAUAUCGCGGAAGAGGAAGACAGUCUCGUGCAAGCCGUCAAUCACGGACCCAUCCACAAGGCAGGAUUCUUGGGAUCCUCUGACCUCUAUGCCUUGAGCUCCGACCAGAAUCUCGCACUUCAUUCUUUGACCCUCCAAGACACCGACACACCUGAGCCGGCUCCCGACCAGCUUGGGGAUCUUCGGCCGAUUAUUCCUUGUGAGUACGUGAUCGAUGUCUUCCGUUCUGGAGUCGAUCAUGUCGUUGCUUGUGGAUCUCACAGCAAAUCGAGGGUGGAUCUCGUCCCGGUGAACAGGGGUUUGAAGUUAGACGCUGCUCCACGCAUUGUCCUCGAAGGCGCCCAUGGGGAAGAUGUUGUCCGCUCCAUCUUUGCAGAUGACUCGAGCGGGGUCAUCUACACCGCUGGCGAAGACGGACGUAUUGCAGCAUUCGGACCCGCCGAGCGACAGCCAGAUCCUGAGCCCUCUCUGCAGGAAAGAGCCAGAAGCCCGAAAUUCAAAAAGGGGCUGGCUACCGAAGCACGAUUCAAGCCAUACUGA